AUGUGAAGCUGACCCAGAUAUACUACCAAGAACACACAACUUUGGAGUACAUUAUCGAGACUUUUACCAAAUGUGCCAACAAGAUUGUCCUGCACUAUUUUUGCAAAUGGCUUUUCAGUGCUGUCAGAUUGAACCUGCAUCCCGUCCAUCUUUUGAAGAACUGACUCAAAAACUUGAACCACUACUUGGUCAGCUUCUUACUUUAACAGCAAGACACUGUCCCAGAAAAGUAAAAGGUCUGCAGCUAUGUAUGGCUGUGUACCCAGUUUGUCAUCGUCGAUCGUUGUCAGAUGAUACCUUUAAACUCUUGCGCAAUCAAAUGGGUGAGACAUUAUGUGUGCCAAGUGUCCCAACAGCAGCUCAUCCAGUUACCACAUUGGCCGGCUCAGCUGCUGUUACACCUCAGGAAAUUGUUGAGAAAAUGAGUGCAGCUGACCCUUACUUCCAGCCAUCUACUGGCACAGUCAAUCCUUUUGCGCAGCUAAAAUUACCUGCCCGGUCACAGUUGGCUCUGCAAGAAGGUGGCCGUUAUUGUCUUUCUCUACCAGAUUAUCCUGAUCUUCUAGUACACUCGCCGAGCUUAGAGUCCAAUAAGCAUAUUCAUACAUCAGAUUCUUGCUUAUGUCCUCAUGCAUCUCCUGCUCAUUGUCAGUGCCAUGUGAACAAUAGACAAUUCUCAUCUCAAGUUGACAAUAAUAGAAAACAUUGCCAGUGUGUGCACAGUGCAAAAAAGUCAAAAACUAUUGAAAGAGAUGUGACAGAUUGCAAGUGUAAGUUGACUAGAGUAUCUAGUGUUGAUGUUGACCCAUUGGUGUGGCACCAAGACUUGUGUAGGCCUUCAGGGCAAGCAGACGAUGAAGGAUCAGCCAAUAGCAUCCCACGUUCAGAUCCAGGAAGUGGGGGUGAAGGAGGAAAUACAGUAUUACAAAAUAAUCACCUUGGAGGACCGGUUCGUCGCCGAGGCUCAGGAGAGAGUGGGUUUUUCAGUGUUGGUGAUAUUGAAAGAGUCGGUACCCCAGAACUUUGCCUGUCUUUUUCAGAACUGAGUACUGCCUCUUUAAUGUCUACAGAAGAUGAUGAUCCUGGUCAUCAGUGUUUUGUGCAAAGAUCAUCAUCUGUUGUCACUGAUAGCUCAGAAGACCUAUCUAGUCUGGGUUGCUGCCAUGACCCUCAAAACUCUUGUGAUCUCUCUUCUUUAUGUGAGAGUGAGGAUGUUAUGCCUGGUAGCCGUUUGUCAGAUUAUGAGGUUGAUACUGAUAUCCGCCAAAUAGUAGAUUUCUUCGAGAGAAAUGUUGGGUCUGGCUCAGGAUCUGAGGCUCCUAGACGCACAUCUUCUCGAGUAAGGCAGGGGUGUCUAGUACCCUUGUUAACACACAAAUUUAGUGCUCUACAUGCUGGUCAUAGAUUGAUCAGUGUAACAAGCCCUCCAUGUCCUGUUCAUCAUACUACUAGCAACUCAAAUGCUGGCAAUAAGUCAUAUAGCACCAAAGAUUGUGCAACACCAAAGUCCUGCCGACAGCCUUGUUCACGGGCUGAGCGGCGUGAUACAUUUCGGGUCAAAGACAGACCAAAAGUUUACAUAACAGAGGGUACCGUCCGUGCAAAGCGCGAUAUAUUUGAAGCAAAAUGAGCAAAGUGAAAUAUAUUUUCUUUAUGCAAUGUUUUUUAAUAUACAUUGUUGACAUUUUUGUUUCCUAGUCACAAGCUUAAGUGUUUUGUGAUAAACUAACUUUUUUUUUAUCUAGGUAUGUGAAAUAAAAAAUAAAGCCUCACAAAUAAUCUUCAUUAUCCUAGCAGUAGCAGUGUAAAUUUAGUAAUUUAUUUUUGAUAAUGAUGUAUUAAUAUUUUCUCCUGAUAAAAAAUUUAGUACUGUAUAUAAUUUUUAAAACCCCUAUAAUUAUUGAAGCCAUCAGUAUUUCUAAGAACAAUUGUUAGGGAUAUGUUGAAUAGUAAUGUAAUAACUUUAAAUGUUCUAAUAUGAAAAUUAAUUUCUGAAACCUAUUUGUUUCAGACUUUGUGUAUAAUAUUUUUUUUUAUAUAAUGCAAAGUGGUAGGUUUCUGGAGGCUUCGUUAAUCCUGAAUUUGUGAAUAGUAAAUUUGGCAUGCCCGAAUUAUUGAAAAUUUUCGUAGUUUAUAUUUUGCAUGUACAUUAAUAAAAAUAAUAUAAGUAC